AAGGGAGCUAGCAGCGGCUGUCUGGGGGAGGGGGUGUCGGCGCACCGAAGAGUGCUGCGCUCCCAGAGCCUGGCACCCGGAGCAGCCGCCUCCCCCUCCCCCCGGACUGGAGAAGACCCUUCUCGUCCUGCUCCGGGGCCUGGGCCAGGAGGACUGAGCUGCCUCUGGCGGGAGGGGCGGAGCCGGAGCGAACCUCACCUCCCUUCUAGGGCUUCAAGUGUGAGCGGCUGCCCCAUGUUGUGUUGAUGCUGGUCUGCCAUGCUAGCCUGUCUACCAGGGCCAGGUGACCUGUCCUUUCAGCUUCUUUCUCACACGCAGAUGAACACUGGACUUCAGAAAUGGGACACUACACAGAAAAUGAGAACUGCUCACUAUCCUACCCCAGCCGAAUUGGACGCGUAUGCUAAGAAGGUCGCAAACAACCCACUGACUAUAAAAAUCUUCCCCAACAGUGUGAAGGUUCCCCAGCGGAAACACGUUCGUCGUACUGUGAACGGCCUCGACACAUCAGCCCAGCGCUACAGCCCCUACCCGACUCAGGCUGCCACCAAGGCAGGCCUGCUUGCCAUUGUCAAAGUGCCAGCCAAAAGCAUACUCAAGGACUUUGACGGCACCCGAACCCGGUUGCUCCCUGAGGCCAUCAUGAACCCCCCAGUGGCGCCCUAUGCUACUGUGGCACCCAGCACUUUAACCCACCCCCAGGCCCAGGCUCUGGCCCGACAGCAGGCUCUGCAGCAUGCACAGACCCUGACCCAUGCUCCUCCCCAGACGCUGCAGCACCCUCAGGGUAUCCCGCCACCCCAGGCACUGUCCCAUCCUCAGAGCCUCCAGCAGCCUCAGGGCCUGGGCCACCCUCAGCCGAUGACCCAAACCCAGGGCUUGGUCCACCCUCAGGCCCUGUCUCACCAGGGUCUCCAGCACCCCUCCAAUCCCUUGCUGCAUGGAGGUCGGAAGAUGCCAGACUCAGAUGUCCCCCCGAAUGUGACCGUGUCUACCUCAACUAUUCCCCUUUCAAUGGCGGCCACCCUGCAGCACAGCCAGCCCCCGGACUUGAGCAGCAUCGUGCACCAGAUCAACCAAUUUUGCCAGACGAGGGCAGGCAUCAGCACUACCUCAGUGUGUGAGGGCCAGAUCGCCAACCCCAGCCCUAUUAGUCGCAGUCUGCUCAUCAAUGCAAGCACCCGGGUGUCGACCCACAACGUCCCUACACCAAUGCCUUCUUGUGUGGUCAAUCCCAUGGAGCACACCCAUGCGGCCACAGCCGCAUUGCCUGCUACAGGCCCUGUCAACCUGCCCACAGGCAUUUCUCGAGCCCCCACUGGCUACCCUAGCGACCUCAAGCCAGUCACCUGGAACCAGCACCAGCUGGCCCACCUGCAGCAGAUGUGCAGUGAAGCUGGUGGGACACCAGCCCCUGGCCUGACAGGCAAGCUGGCAGCAGGACGCGAGUUGGCAGGGCCUGGCUUUGUGGGCAAGGCUCCUGCCUACCCGCAGGAACUCUGCCUGGCACAGUCCUUCCAUCUGAAACCACCCCUGGAGAAACCAACCCCGUCCCCACCAGUCAACGGUUUGGCAGCCCCACUGGCGUACCCCAAUGGUCACUACUUCCAGCCCUUGUGGAACAGCAUUCUGCCCACUCCCAAUAGCGACAGCUCGGGGUCUCAGGACCUCACCAUGUCGUUCCAUGGUGGGCAGCCCACAGGUGCACCCCUCGACUGUGCGGCAGCUGCUGGGGCCCACUACCGAGCAGCAGGGACCGGGGGUGGUCCAGUGGCGAGCCAGAACAGCCUGAUGCAAACAGUCGAUUACCUGAGUGGGGAUUUCCAGCAGGCCUGCUUUCGAGAACAGAGCCUGGCUAUGCUAAGCAAGGCCCACCGAGCCCCUGGUAACAGAGCCCCUGAUCCCACAGAUAGUCGAAGUCUUCAUAUUCAGCACCCUGGGUAUAGAUAGGUAGCCCUGGAGCCACCCUCAUAAGCUACACGUCAUACAUUACACUUCUAGGUUUAGUCUUACUUUUGAGUAAUUGGGUAUUUUCAAAGUUUCAGUGCUCCAGUGUGAUCAUCCUUAGAUGUCUUAAGAAAGGUUUUGGGGAUUCUAAUUGAGGUCAGAGGGGGAUAUUUCCCUUUGCCAUCCCCAGCAAUGUUUGGAUUAAUACUAGGACCUAACCCCAACUCCAUUCUUUUCUCUUUGCUGCGUGUUUGUCUGUCUGUCUCUCCACCAUGACCAUUUCCCACCAGCCGUCUCCUGUCCUUUCCUGUACCUACCCUUAAGACUGAGGUGUGGGCUAAGGGAAGACCCUAAGUAAUAUAGCUGUAGGUGCCCAACCCUCUAAGCCUUUGUCUGUCUCUCUUUGGGAUUAAAAGGCCAGGCUUCCCAAGUGCUCUGGAAGUGAAUUCCUUAUCUACCCAAAGAUCUCAAAUCAAAUAUAUCUUCAUUUCCUCUUCAUUCCUCAAGGCUUUAUUUCACCUCUGCUUUGUUCCCAGAGCCACUGUACUUAGCCCUUGCUACACUCCUCAAGAGCAUCCUGCAGGUACUUAACUACAGACUUGAGGUGAGGAAAAGGUCUGUCUUUAUCUUGCUUCCUAAGUCCCCUUUCCAGCCCUAGAGAAAUGGCAGUGACCAUUUUAGGCCUGAUCCCUUUGUUUUCUUCUUCUUUCUUUCUUCCUUUCUUUUUGCCUCCAGGGUUAUUGCUGGGCUCAGUGCCUGCACCAUGAAUCCACUGCUCCUGGAGGCCAUUUCCCCCCCUUUUGUUGCCCUUGUUGUUGUAGCCUUGUUGUAGUUAUUAUUGUUAUUGAUGUCAUUCGUUGUUGGAUAGGACAGAGAGAAAUGGAGAGAGGAGGGUGAGAGAAAGACAGACACCUGCAGACCUGCUUCACCACCUGUGAAGCGACUCCCCUGCAGGUGGGGAGCCGGGGGCUCAAACCAGGAUCCUUAAGCUGAUCCUUGUGCUUUGCGCCACGUGAGCUUACUGCCCGACCCCCUCCCCCUCCGAUCCCUUUCUUACUGUUGCCUCUUUCCCAACUCACUUGCUCUCACUACCCUCCCAGCUCAUGAAGAAAAAUGAAAAGAAAAAAAAAAAAAAAAGAAAAAAAUAUAUAUCUUAAGGAAUUAGGUAGGUAUGGGAUGAUCACAUUGGAGCUUGGAAUUAAAAACACCAAAAAAAAAAAAAAGUUAAAAUGCAUUUGGUUCUCUCUACACUGGCUAAGAAUAUUGCUCUACACUGUAAGUUUUAAAUGUUUCUGUAUGAAUGUAGUGUGGAUUUGAGUAGCAUUGAGUGUGAGUGGCCCCACAGGUACAUUAACCUAGUCACCUUCCACAGCCCCUUGGUUUAAUGAAGAAAGGAAAAAAAAAAAACACAAAGCCUUAAGCUCCUUGAAUUCUUCCUUUACCAAAUGAGCAUGGUUCUAACAGAUGGAGAUGGGCUUAUAUAUUGGAAACAGCCUCUCCAACCCUUAACCCAUUUUUUUUUAUGUAUUCCAUGCUCAAUAUGUCUCAUUCCCUCGUGACAAUUAGUUGAUUAGAAAUUUAAAAUUUUUGUGUACUUCCAACUUAGAUUGUGUUUUGUUGUAAUUUUUGCACCGAUCUUCUGUUAAAGAUGCAUAGUUGGGCCUUUUUUUUUUUUUUUUUUUUUCUCCCAAGAAAGCUCUUAUUUUCCCUCUUGUCUCUGGGAAUGUGAGCUGAUGUUCUUGUUUAAACUUUUGAGUUUUGUUUACUGUGCUAUCCACUGUUCUUUAGCCAGAAAUUAUCUAGUGAUCUGAAGCAAUGUGACUGAGACCAGUUUUUAAAUUAUGUUGGCAAGUUGCCUUAUAUUUAAAGAGGAAAAGGAAAAAAAGAAAAAAGCCUGAUUGUGUUAUGCCAAAUGAUAGCAACAUGAAGCCCUAAUUUAUUGUUCCUGACUGUUUGUUGCCGUCUGUGAACACUGGCACCUCCCUGUCCUGGAGCCUUCAGGAGCACUGCAGCUUCUGGUGCAAUGCCUUUCCCCAAGGUGUUGGCCACCAUCUCACCCGGGGCCCCCUCCUAUUUCUUAUGUCUGAGUUUAAAGAGCAUCACUGUCUCCUCUUGUCCCUUGCUUGAUCUGCAAACCAGAUAUUUUGCUGAAAUGUUUUCCAAUGCCUCUCCCCAGAAGGUGAGCUACCAUUUUAGAAAAUUGGAUCAGACACCAACUUGGGGGCUUUAAAACAACCUCAAACCCUUCUCUUCCUGUGUGGGGGUCCAAGUCUCUCAAAUUCUCACUCCUACCCCUAGUCUGCAUGGAAAAUGUACUGUGACACCCCCCCCCAUCCCCACCCUUCACCUUUGGCGUGAGAUGUUACCUAGUUCACCCUCAGUCCCUCUCCCCCUCUGCCAGCCAAGCCCCAGCCAGCAAUAAGGGUCCAAGCCAGGGCCUCCUAUCCAUACUCCCUGCCUCCAUCCCACUCUGCCCCUAGGGAACACCUGCACUCCCUGUGCUGUCCACAUACUGUAGCAUUCACUCUCCAGCUCCCUCACCUCACCUGUGGUGGUUUAUGGGCGUGAUGGGGUUUUUAAGAUUAUUAUAAACCAGUAAAAAGAAAGAACACCUUUUAUCUUGUCA